AUGUCUAUGGUGAACGCAAUGGACCUUCGUCUUCUGACACAGUUCGACACUGCCAGUUUGGAAGAGGACCGCAAGAAGAAGAUGUUGUACGAAGAGCCGAUCUCUUUGGAAGAAGCCGCUCUGAACGCCAACGACGUGAUGGUGGCACCGAGUCGGAAGUCGUAUGUCCACGGUUGUUCACAUGUUCAAUUGCUCUUCGAAACUGUUGGAGAUCGACUUCGUUCGGCUGUUGACCAGGUUCCAGAUAAGGAAUUUUUGAUUUUCAAGAGAGAAGGAAUCAGAAAAACUUAUUCACAAGUUGCCACUGAUGCGGAAAAUCUGGCUUGCGGACUUCUCCACUUGGGAUUGAACAAAGGAGACCGUAUUGGAAUCUGGGGACCGAACACGUAUGAAUGGACCACUACCCAAUUUGCCACUGCUUUAGCUGGAAUGGUUCUAGUCAACAUCAAUCCAUCAUAUCAAUCGGAAGAACUCCGUUAUGCUAUCGAGAAAGUAGGAAUCAGAGCACUCAUCACACCACCAGGAUUCAAAAAAUCCAACUACUACCAGAGCAUCAAGGAUAUUCUUCCAGAAGUUACACUGAAAGAACCAGGAAAGAGUGGAAUCAGUUCUAGAAACUUCUCGUGCUUCCAACACUUGAUUAUGUUCGACGAGGAAGAUAAGAUUUAUCCAGGAGCAUGGAAGUACACUGAAGUGAUGAAAAUGGGAACAGAGGAAGAUAGACACCAACUUUCAAAGAUCGAGAGGGAAACUCAACCAGAUGAUGCUCUGAAUAUCCAAUACACAAGUGGAACCACUGGACAGCCAAAAGGAGCCACUCUCACCCAUCACAAUGUUCUCAACAACGCAUUCUUCGUUGGUCUUCGUGCCGGAUACAGUGAAAAGAAAACAAUCAUUUGCAUUCCAAACCCACUUUAUCACUGCUUUGGAUGUGUUAUGGGAGUGUUGGCUGCUCUCACUCAUCUUCAAACUUGUGUAUUCCCUGCUCCAUCCUUCGAUGCUCUUGCUGCUCUCAAAGCAAUCCAUGAGGAGAAAUGUACUGCUCUGUACGGAACUCCAACUAUGUUCAUCGAUAUGAUCAACCAUCCAGAAUACACUAAAUACAACUAUGAUUCUAUCAGAAGCGGAUUCAUCGCUGGAGCUCCAUGCCCUAUUACUCUUUGUCGUCGUCUAGUCCAAGACAUGCACAUGACUGAUAUGCAAGUGUGCUAUGGAACAACGGAAACCUCUCCAGUGUCUUUCAUGUCAACUCGUGACGAUCCACCAGAGCAAAGAAUCAAAUCAGUUGGACACAUUAUGGAUCACUUGGAAGCAGCCAUUGUUGAUAAGAGAAACUGUAUUGUUCCCCGUGGAGUCAAGGGAGAAGUCAUUGUUCGCGGAUACUCUGUUAUGCGUUGUUAUUGGAAUAGUGAGGAGCAGACAAAGAAAGAGAUCACUCAGGAUAGAUGGUACCACACCGGAGAUAUUGCUGUCAUGCAUGAUAAUGGAACCAUUUCUAUCGUUGGACGAUCCAAGGAUAUGAUCGUUCGAGGAGGAGAGAAUAUCUAUCCAACUGAAGUUGAGCAAUUCUUGUUUAAGCAUCAGGCUGUAGAAGAUGUACAUGUGAGUCUGAAAACGAUCCUUAGAAAUGUUCAUCCUUUUCAAUUUCAGAUUGUUGGAGUGCCAGAUGAGCGAUUCGGAGAAGUGGUUUGUGCUUGGGUCAGAUUGCACGAGAGCGCUGAAGGAAAGACUACAGAAGAGGACAUAAAGGCUUGGUGCAAGGGAAAGAUUGCCCAUUUCAAAAUUCCUCGCUACAUUCUCUUCAAAAAAGAGCAUCAAUUCCCGCUGACGGUCACUGGAAAAGUGAAAAAGUUCGAGAUCCGCGAGAUGUCAAAAAUCGAAUUGGGUCUCCAACAAGUGGUUUCUCACUUUUCCGAGCUUUAA